AUGCUUAGUGAGAUCAAUCGCGGCCGUAUAAUCGGUAUGUGGGAGCACGGUGCAAGUCUCGAAGAGAUUUGUAACCGUAUUCCAUGUUCCGUAAAGACGGCAAGAAGGUGGAUACGUGCAUGGCAACAAGGUGGUGAAGAAGCUUUGCGCGAUCAUCGUAAGGAUAAUCGCCGACCACGGAAAAGAACUGCAGAAGACAAUGACGCUUUAGUCAGACAAGUAGAUGUCAAUCCUUUUGCUCCAGUAUCGAAUGCCAUUAAUGAAUUGCAGUUGCCGAUUUCUCGGUGGACAGCACGACGACGUUUACAUGAAGCUCAUGUUCAUUGUUAUCGUGCUACACGAAAAAUCGCGCUUACGCAACGACAUCGCAAAGAUCGCGUUGCUUUUGCGUUGCAAGAGUUAAUGACAUCCGAGGAAGAUUGGGAUAUCACUAUUUGGACUGAUGAGAAAGUAUUUUGUUCUGCAGUUGAUCACCGUCUUCAUGUUUGGAGACCUAAUAAUCGCAGAUUUGAUCCGAGGUAUGUUAUUCCUCACGAGCGAAGUGGGCGCAUCACUUGUGCAAUGUGGGGGUGGAUUAGUUUACAUUGUCCAGGUGAUUUAAUCGAAGUGUCGGCACACAUGAAUGCUGUAGAGUACAUAGAUAUUUUGGAAAACGUUUUGCUUCCCCGCGUCCGAAAUAUAUUUACAGCAGCAGAUGUGCCGACGUUUCGAUUAGUUCAGGACAAUUCUGCCGUUUACACUUCCUGCAUUGUACAAGAAUGGUUCGCACAACAUCCAGAGAUUGUGGUUCUUAAUUGA